AUGAAGAUGAAUCUUGUGUUUACAUGUAAAUUAGUAGGAGCUAUGAAGUCAUUCUUGGUCCUAUAUGUGGAUGACAUAAUAAUCAUGGGAAAUUACAUUCCAACUUUACAAGGUGUCAAGACUUGGCUAGGAAAGUGUUUCUCAAUGAAGGACCUAAUUGAGGAACACUACAUUCUUGGAAUCGAAAUCUAUAGAGACAGAUCAAAACAAUUAAUAGGUUUAAGCGAAGGUACAUAUAUUGAGAAAGUAUUGAAAUGUUUCAAUACGGAAAACUCGAAGAGAGGAUUUGUACCCAUGGCACAUGGCACUAUACUAUGUUCAUCUCAAUGUCCUAGCACAAAGGCUGAGCUAGACAGAAUGAAAGAUAUUCCAUAUGCAUCUACAGUUGGAUCCAUCAUGUAUGCCAUGAAUUGUACAAGACCUGAUAUUGCUUAUGCUAUGAGCAUGGUAGAAACACCGGAUAGGGUUGGAAGACAAGCUAUUCUGAAUGUGCAUGUUUACAAGAAAGAGCUCCCUUUGGGAGGGAAUGUUGACCUUGCUAAAAUUGCUUCCAUGACCACCAUUUUAUAUGCAUUAUAUGAUUUACUUUUUGAUAAUAAACAAGGGAUUGAAAAGAAAACAGCCAAGUUACAAGGCACUGAGAAAGCAGUAGUGGCUCGACAUGAAGCCGGUCAUGCAGUAGUUGGCACAGCUGUUUCUAAGCUUCUUGCAGGACAAUCACGGGUUGAGGUAAAGAUUUUUACCAUGGAAUGGCAUCGCGAAUUCCGAUUCCAAUUGAGUAUGACAAUUGACAAGUGA